GACGAAUAUCUAAACAAGUACAUACACUUGGAAGGGCGUGGCAAUGCAUCCGCUUUUCCAUGUGACUGCAACAGCGGGAGGGCGAGGGAAUAUUGCUGCGAGUCCUGCGGUGGUCGCCAAAUGACCUGUAAAGAAUGCUGUGUUACUGCUCACCAGUGCUUGCCUCUACACUUUAUUCAAAAAUGGAAUGGGAGGUUCUUCGAACAUGUUUCGCUCAAGUCUCUCGGUCUGAGGGUGAACAUGGGACACAAGGAUGGUUCAAAAUGCGUCUUACGACAGGCUGGCCACGCAAAGUUUGUUGUCAUUAAUACGAACAGAAUACACCGUGUAUCCAUAAGUUUCUGCGGCUGCGACAAGAAAGUCCCUCAUCGUCAACAACUUCUGCGAUAUGGCUGGUACCCUUCCACUGUCGAUACGCCCGAGACCGCCUGCACAGAGGAGGCUCUUGGGCAGUACUCUGCCCUUAUGUCUCGAACCAAAGUAUUGCCGCAUGGCUAUUAUCAGGCGCUUGAGAGCCUUACAGACUCCCUCGGCCUCGAUGUUCCACCGAGCCAUUAUAAAGUGUUUCUUCGCAUUCUGCGUCAGCACAGAUACAUACGCCUAAUGAAGGAGGCUGGUCGCGGGAAUGUCGCCAACGGGAUAGAAACAACCAGGCCGGGAGAGCUUGCCGUAGCAUGUCCCGCAUGUCCACAUCCAAACGUCAAUCUACCCGAUGGCUGGGAGAAUGCUGACCUGUUGCGAAAGUUUCUUUAUUGCCUGUUUCUCACCAUGGACACCAAUUUUCGGCUGAAGAACCGCGAUCGCGGCGGAUCACUGUCAGAUGUUGAGUUAUUUGAUGGGCUGGCAUAUUUUGUGAAGACAGAGCCGUACAUGGAAUACAUAUACUCCCAGAGGUCCACAUGCAGUAGCUUCCGGGCUAUCUCAGGUGUCAAUAACAAGCUGUCGAAAGGUCUGCAAGCUACAGGUGUUGGUAUGAUCAUGUGUGCACGUCAUGAGUUCACAUUAGCCUUGGGCGUUGGUGAUCUACAGGCUGGCGAGCGCAAUUGCAACAUGGACUAUUUAUUUUUCUCGAUUUUCGCGCCGCUAAUACUCCUUCUCGUUGUGAUAUCUUACGACAUCGCGUGUCAGUGGAAGACCAACUUAUUCAAGAGAAUGAAUACCCUUCCUCCCGAGAUGCAAAUGUCUUUGGUGAUGAUGGCUCAGAUCCUUGUCUUUGGCGUGCCGAAGUUUCACGCCCCGGGCCAUAAUCAGAAGUGCGCGACUGAACAUUCUCUGAACCUCAUAACUGGCGCCGGUCGCACUGAUGGCGAAGGGAUUGAGCGUGGUUGGGUGGAAUUCAAUCUCGCUAGCAACAGCACCAAGGAAAUGACACUCGGGUUUCAGCACGACACUCUCAACAUUGUAUUCAGUUCACAUAACCUACACAAAUACUACGGUCUGGGGAAAACCCUUCAAGGGCGAUUAAUUCUGGCAAUGGAAGCGCAGUUGUUUCAUCAAGAUGGGCUACUUGUUUUCAACGAGUCCAUUGACGAGUCUGACAAAGCGGACUGGACGGCGAUGAAGGUUGCUUGGGAAAACAACAAGACCAAAGAGAACCCAUUCCUAUUCACGCAAAACAGUAAGUGUUGUUUCCAGCCAAACAAUAAUGACGAGUCUCUCUGGCUGCCCUCCGCGCUCAACCCAGACGAGCGCAGCAUAUGUACUCAUGGCAUUGAAAAAACCGAGGGCAAGCUUCGACAGGUGCAAUGCCACUCGUCACUCAAUAGGAUUCGGGGUCUUCUGCAAACCAAAUACCACUUUUCGACUCACCAAAAACUACACUCCCGAGGACAGCGCGCAAUGACGCGAGCGUACAGACUCAUUGGCGAAUACACUCGUAAAAUUGAAGCAGAAUGUACCAAGUAUGAUAAAUCCUAUAAAGCACUCGAAUCGCUUGAAGGGACAGACCUAUUGUGCUUUGGGUUACAGCCACUUCACUCCGGGGAUAUCCGAACGCUCCGCGAGCCAGCGAUGGAGCCCAACAUGCCGUCGCGCCGGGCGCGGGAAAUGCAAAAAGGGCUCGGGGAAGGGCACUGA